UACACUGCGCCUGUCCUGCCCGCCAUUGUAAGUGAGCCUUGUGGUUUGUGCGAAGCCGCGUCAUUGACUUGUAGCCGACUUUUGCUGAUUUUGUGAACAAUUCAAAACAAAUAAUAAUCUUAAUAUCAGUGUUGAACAGUGAAUUAAAGAUCACAGCUAAAAUCAUGACUGACAGGUCAAGCAACGGAGAGUAUAAAUAUCGUGAUGAUAAUGCCGACAAACCGAGGAGUCUUUCGGAUAAAGAUGAUAAAGAUUCUCAAGUUGAUAAAACUGGAGAAUAUGUGCGUGAAUUAUUACAGGAAAAAUUGGAGAUUGAUUCUCAUAAGUGGCCAAAUGCACUUCGUUUAAUUGAUCAAGAGAUUCAGAAGACCCAGGCUAUGGGAAAACCUCUCAGGGACCAAAAGUACGUGGACAUCUAUCGUGAGAAGCCAAUAAGAGUUGCCGUCAAGGUUUUGGUGCCAGUUCGUGAACAUCCCAAGUUCAAUUUUGUUGGAAAACUACUGGGUCCCAAGGGUAACUCCAUGAAACGCCUGCAGGAAGAGACUAUGUGCAAGAUGGCAGUAUUGGGGAGAGGUUCUAUGAAGGAUCGUCAGAAGGAGGAGGAAUGUCGACAAUCAUUGGAUCCAAAAUACGCCCAUCUUUCUGAUGAUCUUCACGUGGAGAUUGCGGCUUUAGCCCCGCCAGCCGAGGCACACGCUCGCAUCGCAUUUGCUCUGGCGGAGGUUCGCAAGUAUCUUAUACCGGACAAUAAUGACAACAUCCGUCAGGAGCAGAUGCGCGAAAUGGAAAUGACUUUAGGUGAUGACGGUACGCCAGUCAUGAGACCUCCCGCUAGCAUCCUAAGAGUAUCAGUGAGGCCUCCACCUCCGGGUAUGCCACCGCGGUCUGCACGACCAAUCCUUCCACCGCCACCUGCCCGAGGACCGCCCAUUACUCGUCCGGUUCCAGCAAAAACAAAGGUUCUCUCCAUUUUAGAUCGAGCAAGAGUCGCCAUGGAUCAAACCUAUGGAUACGAGAAACCCACGAAACAUGACUACGAUUAUGGAUCUUCGACCAGUAGCCGAUACUCCGAUCGCCACUACAAAUCCUCGACAGCCGAUGAUAUGUAUCAGUCUAGUGGAAGGUAUGGAUCUUACGAUUAUGAAGAUGAUUCAAUACCUCACUCUUCUCACGAUUAUUACGAAUCAUCGGAAUAUCCAGAGGAUUCUUCAAGCCGCGCUUGGAAAAGUUACAAGACUACAACAACAUCAGGCUCGGCCUCGCGCUACCGCACAGCUCCGUAUACACGACCCUCCAAACCUCAGACAUCGUUCAACUCUAUGAAACCAAUGUUCGGAAUGGAUAAAUCGUCAAGUGGAAUCGAAAAUAUGUAACGUGAAUACAUAUAAAAAUGUAAUAAAAAGAAACGCGCAUCAGCAUUUAUCUCAAAAAGGACGCAAUCCUUACAACUCUUUAAAAAAACUGCUUUAUUUCAUUAAAAAAAAAAAAAAAUUAAGUAAAAAUCCUCAAAUUUUCCACAAAAAAACGAAAACAAAUAAAUAAGAAAAUGUGAAUCUAAACAAUAAUGUUAUAUAUUCAAAUAAUGGUAAAUAAUACAUUUUAUCCCUAUCUAUCGACGUUAUAUUAAUUAAAUCAAAAAAAUAAUGAAAUAAAUGUCUGAAAACAAUAUAUACAUAAAAUUAAUACAAAAAAUAAUAAAAUUGCAUAAUCAACUGUUGCAAUUAAUAAGCAUCUUUAAAAUCGUUGAAAAUAACAAACAAACAAACAAACAAAAAACCGAAAAUUAUUGUAAUGUUGAGCGUAAUACAGUUAAACAAUAAUCAUUUAUUGCAUUUCAUCAUCAAAUAAUGUAAUCUUCAGUGUAUACUAGGUACAUUUUGAAAAAUAUGUAAAACGAUAUGUGUAA